GGGCGGGCGGCGGCGGCGGCGGGACCCACGAAGCUGCUUUGUGUGCAGCCCGGCGAGGGGCGGCGGCGCAACCACCUGACAGAGGCCCGGGCGCUCGAUGCACCUUCCGCCCGCAUGAGGAGGAGGAGAGGCCGGUAGAGGACUGUGAAAGAAAAGUUGUCCCCCAGGAUGGACUUCUCCACCGCGCAGCCCAAGUCUGCCACUGCCCUAUGUGGCGUCGGGAGUGCAGACGGGAAGAUUGCUUACCCUCCGGGGGUGAAGGAGAUCACCGACAAGAUCACCACCGACGAGAUGAUCAAACGACUGAAGAUGGUAGUAAAAACUUUUAUGGAUAUGGAUCAGGACUCAGAAGAUGAAAAACAGCAGUAUCUCCCACUAGCGUUGCAUCUUGCAUCUGAAUUUUUCCUCAGGAAUCCCAAUAAAGAUGUGCGUCUCCUUGUAGCAUGUUGUUUGGCUGACAUCUUUCGAAUCUAUGCCCCAGAAGCUCCAUAUACAUCCCAUGAUAAACUUAAGGACAUAUUUUUGUUUAUUACCAGACAAUUAAAAGGUUUGGAAGAUACAAAGAGUCCACAGUUUAAUAGAUACUUUUAUUUAUUAGAGAAUUUAGCUUGGGUUAAAUCAUAUAACAUCUGCUUUGAUUUGGAAGAUUGCAAUGAAAUUUUUAUUCAACUCUUUAGGACUCUCUUCUCAGUGAUCAACAAUAGCCACAAUAAGAAAGUACAAAUGCACAUGCUAGACUUGAUGAGUUCUAUCAUCAUGGAAGGUGAUGGAGUUACUCAAGAAUUAUUGGACUCCAUUCUUAUUAACCUCAUUCCUGCACAUAAGAACUUAAAUAAACAGUCAUUUGACCUUGCAAAAGUCCUGUUGAAAAGGACAGUCCAGACUAUUGAGGCAUGCAUUGCCAACUUUUUCAAUCAAGUCCUGGUGCUGGGAAGAUCAUCAGUAAGUGAUUUGUCAGAACACGUGUUUGACCUGAUUCAGGAACUUUUUGCUAUAGAUCCUCAUUUAUUAUUAUCUGUCAUGCCACAGCUUGAAUUCAAACUCAAGAGCAAUGAUGGAGAAGAGCGAUUAGCUGUUGUUCGACUUUUAGCUAAAUUGUUUGGUUCUAAAGAUUCUGACUUGGCAACACAGAAUCGUCCUCUCUGGCAAUGUUUUCUCGGACGAUUUAAUGACAUUCAUGUUCCUGUGAGAUUAGAAAGUGUGAAAUUUGCCAGUCACUGUUUAAUGAAUCACCCAGAUUUAGCAAAGGAUCUUACAGAAUAUUUGAAAGUUAGAUCACAUGAUCCAGAAGAAGCUAUUCGUCAUGAUGUCAUUGUUACCAUCAUAACAGCUGCCAAAAGAGACCUUGCCUUAGUAAAUGAUCAGCUACUUGGCUUUGUAAGGGAAAGAACACUGGAUAAACGGUGGCGAGUAAGAAAAGAAGCUAUGAUGGGUUUGGCUCAGCUUUAUAAGAAAUACUGUCUUCAUGGUGAAGCAGGAAAGGAAGCUGCAGAGAAAGUCAGCUGGAUAAAAGACAAACUUUUGCAUAUUUAUUAUCAAAAUAGCAUUGAUGACAAGCUGUUGGUAGAGAAAAUCUUUGCUCAAUAUCUUGUCCCCCACAACCUGGAAACAGAAGAGAGGAUGAAAUGCUUGUACUAUUUAUAUGCUAGUUUGGAUCCAAAUGCUGUCAAAGCUCUCAAUGAAAUGUGGAAGUGUCAGAACAUGCUUAGAAGUCACGUACGAGAACUAUUGGACUUGCACAAGCAGCCUACAUCAGAGGCUAACUGUUCUGCCAUGUUUGGAAAACUGAUGACCAUAGCAAAGAAUUUGCCUGACCCUGGGAAAGCACAAGAUUUUGUAAAGAAAUUUAACCAGGUUCUUGGUGAUGAUGAGAAACUGCGGUCUCAGUUGGAGUUACUGAUUAGUCCAACCUGUUCGUGCAAACAGGCAGAUGUUUGUGUGAGAGAAAUAGCUCGGAAACUUGCAAAUCCUAAGCAGCCAACAAAUCCUUUUUUAGAGAUGGUCAAAUUUUUGUUGGAAAGAAUUGCACCUGUGCAUAUUGAUUCAGAAGCCAUAAGUGCACUGGUAAAGCUGAUGAAUAAAUCAAUAGAGGGGACAGCAGAUGAUGAAGAGGAGGGUGUAAGUCCAGAUACAGCUAUUCGUUCAGGACUUGAACUUCUUAAGGUUCUGUCUUUCACACAUCCUACCUCGUUCCACUCUGCAGAGACCUACGAGUCCCUGUUACAGUGCCUCCGAAUGGAAGAUGACAAGGUAGCAGAAGCUGCUAUACAAAUUUUUAGAAAUACAGGUCACAAAAUAGAAACAGACCUACCCCAGAUACGAUCGACUUUAAUUCCUAUUUUACACCAGAAAGCAAAAAGAGGUACUCCACACCAAGCAAAACAGGCUGUUCACUGUAUACAUGCCAUAUUCACAAAUAAAGAAGUCCAGCUUGCACAGAUUUUUGAGCCACUCAGCAGGAGUCUGAAUGCUGAUGUACCAGAACAACUUAUAACUCCAUUAGUUUCAUUGGGCCACAUUUCUAUGUUAGCACCAGAUCAAUUUGCUUCCCCAAUGAAAUCUGUAGUAGCAAAUUUUAUUGUGAAAGAUCUGCUAAUGAAUGACAGGUCAACAGGUGAGAAGAAUGGAAAAUUGUGGUCUCCAGAUGAAGAGGUUUCCCCUGAAGUACUAGCAAAGGUACAGGCAAUUAAACUUCUGGUAAGGUGGCUGUUGGGUAUGAAAAACAACCAGUCUAAAUCUGCCAAUUCAACUCUUCGGUUAUUAUCAGCGAUGUUGGUUAGUGAGGGUGACCUGACAGAGCAGAAGAGGAUUAGUAAAUCUGAUAUGUCUCGCUUGCGAUUAGCUGCUGGUAGUGCCAUAAUGAAGCUUGCUCAGGAACCUUGUUACCAUGAAAUUAUAACCCCAGAACAGUUUCAGCUCUGUGCACUUGUUAUUAAUGAUGAGUGCUACCAAGUAAGGCAGAUAUUUGCUCAGAAACUGCAUAAGGCCCUUGUGAAGUUACUGCUUCCAUUGGAGUAUAUGGCAAUUUUUGCCUUGUGUGCCAAAGAUCCUGUGAAGGAGAGAAGAGCACAUGCACGACAGUGUUUACUAAAAAAUAUCAGUAUACGCAGGGAGUACAUUAAACAGAAUCCUAUGGCUACUGAGAAGUUAUUAUCGCUGUUGCCUGAAUAUGUCGUUCCAUACAUGAUUCACCUGCUAGCCCAUGACCCAGAUUUCACAAGAUCACAAGAUAUCGAUCAGCUUCGUGAUAUCAAAGAGUGCCUAUGGUUCAUGCUUGAAGUUUUAAUGACAAAGAAUGAAAACAAUAGCCAUGCCUUUAUGAAGAAGAUGGCAGAAAAUAUCAAGUUAACAAAAGAUGCCCAGUCUCCAGAUGAAUCCAAGACAAAUGAAAAACUUUAUACAGUAUGUGAUGUGGCCCUGUGUGUUAUAAAUAGUAAAAGUGCUUUGUGCAAUGCUGAUUCACCAAAGGAGCCAGUCCUUCCAAUGAAAUUUUUUACACAACCUGAAAAGGACUUCUGUAAUGAUAAGAGUUAUAUUUCAGAAGAGACGAGAGUACUUCUGUUAACAGGAAAGCCAAAACCUGCUGGAGUACUAGGUGCGGUAAACAAGCCUUUAUCAGCAACAGGAAGGAAACCAUAUGUUAGAGGCACUGGAGCUGAGACUGGAAGCAAUAUUAAUGUAAAUUCAGAACUGAACCCUUCGACCGGAAAUCGAUCAAGGGAACAGAGUUCAGAGGCAGCAGAAACUGGAGUGAGUGAAAAUGAAGAGAACCCUGUGAGAAUUAUUUCUGUCACACCUGUAAAGAAUAUUGACCCAGUAAAGAAUAAGGAGAUUAAUUCUGAUCAGGCUACCCAGGGCAACAUCAGCAGCGACCGAGGGAAGAAGAGGACAGUGACAGCAGCUGGUGCAGAGAAUAUCCAACAAAAAACAGACGAGGAAGUAGAUGAAUCAGGACCACCCGCCCCUUCAAAGCCCAGGAGAGGACGUCGACCCAAGUCUGAAUCUCAGGGCAACGCAACCAAAAAUGAUGAUCUGAGCAAACCUCUUAGCAAGGGAAGAAAGAGAGCCGCGGCCAGUCAGGAGAGCUCGGGGGGGUUGGAAGCAGGUAAUGCCAAAGCACCCAAACUGCAAGACGGAGCCAAAAAGGCAGCACCAGCAGAGAGACAAAUUGACUUACAAAGGUAAAAAGAAAACUCAUUUGUAAAGGGAGAACAUGAAGGCCAAACAGAAGCGGCUCCAGCUUCUGCAAAAACCUGGAUUCAGAAUAUCCCUGAACAGAAAAUGACGUUGACUUCAGAACACACACUUUCUGCCUUGGAAACCGAAAGAAACCAUUACUUCCUUUCCCAUGACCGCGGGCCUCCGGUGGAAGUGUACAGCAGAGACUCUUGAGAGAGGCUAAAAGCAACUCUAUUCUACCCUCCCCUGGACUUUUCUUAUGAAAAGUCAAUAAUUAAGCAAAUUGCUUAACACUUGGUUCCAGUUCCUGCAUACCUGGAGUUAAAGGCAUAAACCCACCAUUAAUUUCCAUGCUGCAGUUUUAGUUUUAAAGAAAGUAACAGGAUGUCCCUACACUGACACUGAAAAUGUAUCAAUUUUAGAGCCAGGAGUUCCCGUGUUACACAAGAAAAAAGUAGAAGUCUACUGAAUUAAUUUUUUAGAAGAAAAAAGAUCAGAUGAAAUAUUUCUUUGUUUUCCUUUUGGAAACUUUUAUGUAUAAUUCUUUCUGCCUGCCUACUUUUCUGCAAAAAUGAGAUGUACAGAUUUCAGUUCCCUGCUAUGAAAAGUGAUGUGGCAAUUUUAUAAAUGUUGCUUUCUGAUUUUUAUCAGAGUGAGAAAAUAAUUAAAAUUAUUAUUGAUUUCAUAUCACUUCAUAUUUUGAUUUUCCCCACCAUUUUAGUUUAAUAUAAUUUGCAAUAAAUGUACAUAUUGUUGUUUCAUAAAGCAUAUCAUUUAAAGUGGUUUUUACUCCUGUGAUUAUGUUGGAAUAUUUGGAAUUUUAGAGGAGUAAAGACUGUCCAGUAUUUGGUUUUAUGAUGUUUGUCACCAGAUUUUUAUUGAUGUAAAAAAAAUCAAUUUUUUAAAAUAGUUGGACGUUGGCAGCUGUGUGAGGAAAGUCAGAGGUGUGCAGGAUGGCUCCCCGUGCCCAGCGCCGCGCCGCUGGGGAGCGACCGUGGCUUCUUUCUGGCAGCCUGGGCCCGUCUCUGUGCUUGCUUUAGAAGGCGACUUUGGCAUUAGCAUAUUGUUUCUCGGCAUUGUUCCUCAUAGGUCAUGUGUGCACUUUUGUGUACACAUACUCAUAUUUAAGUUUUUUCCAUAAAAUAAAUGCUUCUAGAUGUCAUAUGGUAGUCUUUUUUAAUCUUUUUAUCAUGUUUUCUUGUGAAAUUUUUUACGUGAAAGGGCUAAAGUCACUAAAAAAAAAAACAUUGCAGUCAACUCUCCAUUAUCUAUAUAAAAUAGUGACUAUGCCUCAGGUUUUGAAUUUUGCAGUAAUCAGAAACUUAAAAUAAUGAAGGCGUGUUAUAAGAGGUAAUUCAGGAGAAGCUCAAAUGUGUCCUUUCGCACGCCGAGUUGCAGCCUGCCCCUCGCUCUGUCCCAGAGCCCCGGCCGCAGGUGUUCACUCAGUUUCUGCUCACAGGCCGGGCGUGGGUCAGAGGGCGUGGGUCAGAGGGCAUGAACAGCAUCUGCGCUGUAACGCGGUCUCGACGGGCUGCAGUCCACGUGGGGUGUGAAGCGAACAGCGUCCGGAAAGGACGACUAUGUGAAAUGUGAAAUUGACUGAGAGUUAUCACUGACGUCCUCAUAGAUAAUCAAGAGUUGGCUGUGUACUGACUGAGUGAAAGAUGGGUAAUUCUUUUAAAUAUGCAUAUACACACAUUUAGGUAUCAGAUGAUGGUUAGGGAACAAUGGAUACCAGUGAUAGAAAAAUAUCUUAAAGGGGCAGAACAUGCUCUGCUCUUCCUUAUUGCCUCUUUUUAUAACCCUUUAGAAGUCAAGUAUAAAAUAUUGCCUCCAACAUGCUGAAAAAAUAUCUAUGCAUAAGCAUCAGAGAAGUCCCUCCAGCAAUCAGUGGGCGUGUUCUAUUUAGAAAAAAAAAUGUCAAGUUCUCUUAGCAUCAGACAACUUGAUUCUUAAUGCCAUGCAUUUGUCACCAAUGAGAAGCACACUGGUAGGGACCUUUUUCUCUCAGCUCCUUCUGUUUGAUUACACAGCGUCACAGCUGACUAAAUUACCUAGCGUCAUCAUAUGUAAUGUAGCAGAACUAUUUGCCUCAGCUGUGGCUGCUGAUUUCUGCAGGAGGAGCUAGCUAAAAGGAUCUGGUCCACAUACAGACGUGAAUGUCCCGCCCUUGGCUGUGUAACACCAUGCAACAAGUGUCUGACCCUAAGGGAAGGGACAGCAGGAUGAUGGGAAGAUGGAGCUGAUGGGGAGGGACUUGUGUAAGGGAAAUUUGUCAGUUUUCCUUUGAAAAAGGAAAAGGUAAAAUCCCUUAGGAAUUUGGUAUUUACAUCUCAGCGAAAUACAACACAAAGUGCAGACUUAUAUUUGAGAAUUAAUGUUAACCCUUUGUGUCUAGUUUGAAGCUUCUUGUAUUUGUCUAAAACUACAAGCCAGAAUUUUGUAUCUCCUUUGAUAAAAAGUGUGUAUAAUGUAAAGUAGUUUUGCAUAUUAUUGUGCUGCAUAUGGGCUGAAUUUUUAAAAAUUUUUUUAAAGACUUGAAGCAGAACCUUGUAAUUUGUGUAAAUGACACAUGUAAAAUCCUACCAUAAAAUGCUAAAAAUAUGCAUUGUUUCAAAUAAAAUCAAGAAAUGCAGCAUUA